CGGAGUUUUCCGCUCAUGGAUCAGCCACUUUGCGCCUGCACUCUGGAUGGGAUUUGGCAGCAGUGAGCGGGACGGAGCGGUGAUGGUGUGAAGGAAAGAGUCGCAAACAGACCCGCAGUUUUUAACGCAGGAGUUUCACAUCUGGUAUACUGGGCCAGUCAGCAGCAGGAUCAGGAUGAGAAGAUGGCUGGCUGUGUGUUUCCAAUGGGACCAGAGAGCUUUCAGCGCUUCACGCCGGACUCCCUGGCGGCCAUCGAGCAGCGCAUCGCCCAGGAGAAGGCCCGACGCAAAAAACAUUAUCAGGAGGACCUGGGCGACGUGGAGCUCCCCCGGCCCCGGCCCGACCUGGAAGCAGGGAAACAGCUGCCACGCAUCUUCGCUGACAUCCCAUCUCAUCUGGUGGGCGUUCCCCUGGAAGACAUCGACCCUUAUUACUUCAAAGACAAGAGGACUUUCAUAGUCCUUAACAAAGGGAAGGCCAUCUUCCGUUUCAGUGCCACAUCUGCCCUCUACAUCUUCAGCCCUUUCAACCCCAUCCGCAGAAUUGCCAUCAAGAUCCUGGUCCACUCAUUAUUCAGUUUGUUCAUCAUGUGCACCAUCCUGACCAACUGUUGCUUCAUGGCCAUGUCGGAGCCAGCGUACUGGGCCAAAUACGUGGAGUACACCUUUACAGGUAUCUACACGUUUGAAUCUCUCAUAAAGAUCCUGGCGAGAGGUUUUUGUGUGGGGCCCUUCACCUUCCUGAGGGACCCCUGGAACUGGCUCGACUUCAGUGUCAUCGUCAUGGCAUAUGUCACUGAGUUUGUGGACCUGGGUAAUGUGUCAGCCUUAAGGACGUUCAGGGUGCUGCGAGCGCUCAAAACCAUCUCUGUCAUCCCAGGCCUGAAGACAAUCGUCGGUGCUUUAAUCCAGUCGGUGAAGAAGCUCGCGGACGUGAUGAUCCUCACGGUCUUCUGCCUGAGUGUCUUCGCCCUCAUUGGCCUGCAGCUCUUCAUGGGAAACCUGCGGCAGAAAUGUGUCCGGAGCACGGCACACUGCAUCAACGGCAGCCUGCCGGCCAACGCCACCUUCUACUGCAACAACAAGAACUGGACUACCAUUAAAGACUUCAUAGAGGAUGAAGAAAACUACUACAAGGUGGAGGGAGCCAAGGAUGCCUUAAUCUGUGGGAACAGCAGUGACGCAGGAAAGUGUCCAGAUGGGUUUGACUGCCUGAAGACAGGAAGAAACCCCAACUAUGGCUACACCAGCUUUGACACCUUUGGGUGGGCUUUCCUGUCUCUGUUUCGUCUGAUGACACAGGACUACUGGGAAAAUCUCUACCACCAGACGCUGCGUUCAGCUGGUAAGACUUACAUGGUGUUCUUCGUGGUGGUCAUCUUCCUUGGCUCGUUCUAUCUGGUCAACCUCAUCCUGGCUGUGGUUGCCAUGGCGUAUGAAGAGCAGAAUCAGGCGACCAUUGCUGAAGCCUGCCAGAAAGAGCGAGAGUUCCAGCAGGCCAUGGAGAGGCUAAAGAAAGAUCAACAGAAAGCCCCCGACUCUGAUUCACUGGUGUCACCAGACCUGUCGCCCUUCGGCCCGACACUGGUUGGCCUGGAGGAGCGAAGGCGGAGCCAAGUGCUGUUGGGUGUGGGUGACACGGAGGCGAACCUAUCGGAGGAAAAGCUGCUGCAGGUGGACAUGACGGAUGGGGGAAAGCCCCUGCACCCCCUCCUCGCUCGCUCCUUCUCCACAAGGACUCGGCGAAGCAGUCAGGUCUCCUCCAUCUUCAACUUCCGCCUGAGGAGCCGAGGGUCAGAGGGAGAGAUGGCUGAUGAUGAGUACAGCGUCCCUGGUGAUGUUGUGGAGGGAGUUGGAGGCCGGACGUACAGCGGGGGGACUUUCAGCGGCAUCCUGCCCAAUCCGUGGUCCAAACGGCGUCUGAGCACCUACAGCACGGCCAGCAGGAGUUCCCAGGUAUUUUAUCCAACUCUAAACGUUAAUGGGAAGCUGUUUGUUGCCAUGGACCAGAAUGGGGUUUCCCCACCACCACUGCAAGGGCAGCUGCCUGCCUGCACUAUGGAGAAGGUCAAGGAGGAAAGUGUGCCCACAUCCACCACAGAGCUAAGUACGAUUCUGCUGCCUCGGCCUUCGUCCACACAGGAGUCAGAGAGGAGAGGGAGGACGCUGAGUGCUGCCAGCUAUCUCACAGAUGCCAUGGAAGAACUGGAGGAGUCCCAUAAAAAAUGCCACCCCUGCUGGUAUGUCUUCGCCCACCGGUUCCUGGUGUGGGAGUGCUGCCCCUGCUGGCUGAGGGUGAAGGAGCUGGUGAAGAUCAUGGUGAUGGACCCUUUUCUGGACCUGGCCAUCACAGUCUGCAUCGUCCUGAACACACUCUUCAUGGCCAUGGAGCACUACCCCAUGACGGACGAGUUCAAUGGCAUGCUUAGCAUCGGAAACCUGGUGUUCUCAGGGAUCUUCACUGCAGAGAUGGUGUUGAAGAUCAUCGCCCUCGAUCCGUACUACUACUUUCAGACAGGCUGGAACAUCUUCGACAGCAUCAUCGUCUGCCUCAGCCUCAUGGAGCUCGGCCUGUCUGAUGUCGAGGGGCUCAGUGUGUUACGCUCCUUCAGACUGCUGCGUGUAUUCAAGCUGGCUCGCUCAUGGCCGACACUCAACACCCUGAUCAAGAUCAUCGGCAACUCUAUGGGCGCCCUCGGCAACCUGACGCUGGUACUCGCCAUCAUUGUCUUCAUUUUUGCCGUGGUGGGCAUGCAGCUGUUUGGAAAAAACUACCAGGAUUGUGUGUGUAAGAUCUCGAAGGACUGCGUUCUUCCUCGCUGGCACAUGAAGGACUUCUUCCACUCCUUCCUCAUCGUGUUCAGGGUCCUGUGCGGCGAGUGGAUAGAGACCAUGUGGGACUGCAUGGAAGUGGCCGGGCAGCCGCUCUGCAUCCUCGUCUUCAUGCUGGUCAUGGUUAUCGGAAACCUGGUGCUGUUGAACCUCUUCCUGGCUCUGCUUCUCAGCAGUUUCAGCUCCGACAACCUGUCAGCUCCAGACGACGACGGAGAGAUGAACAACCUGCAUAUCGCCAUCCACAGGAUCACCAGAGGCCUGGCGUGGUGUCGCACACAGGUGGUGGAUAUCUUCAAUGGGAACCUGAAGCGCCGUCGUCAAAAACGAAAGGAGGCCAAAGCCAUGAUGAAGCUGAAACGCUUGAGUACUAUACACACCGAGGCCAAUGGAGCUGUCAUUGGCCGUCACGUGGAGAAGUACGUGGUUCCAGAGGAUGACAGCUACAUGACAAACCCUAACCUGACCAUCAGUGUCCCCAUCGCCCCCGGAGAGUCGGACGUAGAGUUCCCGGAGGAGGAGGAGGAGGAAGAGGAGGAGGGGGAGGAGGAGCAGAAUGAUAUCAGCCUAUCAGAGGGCAGCACUGUGGACCUGAGGAAGCCUGGAGAGGAAGAGGAUGAGUACUCGGAGAUGGCUGAGGAGGCAAUGGACCCUGACAACUGCUUCCCUGAUAUGUGUGUUGCCAGGUUUCAGUGCUGCAACAUCGACACGACGGCAGGUCUCGGGCAGAUCUGGUGGAAGCUGAGGAAGACCUGUUACCAGAUCGUAGAGCACAGCUGGUUUGAGUCCUUCAUCAUCUUCAUGAUCCUCCUCAGCUCCGGAGCUCUGGCCUUUGAAGACAUCUACAUCGAGCAGAGACGAGUGAUCAAGGUGGUGCUUGAGUACGCUGACAAGAUUUUCACCUACAUCUUUAUCCUUGAGAUGCUGCUCAAGUGGCUUGCUUACGGCUUCAAGAAGUACUUCACCAACUACUGGUGCUGGCUGGACUUCUUCAUUGUUGAUGUUUCAUUGGUCAGUUUGGCAGCCAACAUGUUGGGUUAUUCAGACUUUGCAGCCAUCAAAUCCCUGCGUACGCUGCGGGCCCUCCGCCCCCUCAGAGCCCUCUCCAGAUUUGAAGGCAUGAGGGUGGUGGUGAACGCUCUGAUCGGGGCGAUUCCCUCCAUCAUGAACGUGCUGCUCGUCUGCCUCAUCUUCUGGCUCAUCUUCAGCAUCAUGGGCGUCAAUCUGUUUGCUGGGAAGUUCGGCCGCUGCGUUAAUCGCACCGGCCACGUGUACGAAUCUAACUUUAUCAACAACAAGUCAGAGUGUGAGGCGUUCAAUGACACCUCGCAAUUCUACUGGAGCAAAGUCAAAGUGAACUUCGACAACGUUGGUGCUGGGUACCUGGCGCUACUGCAAGUGGCAACGUUCAAAGGCUGGAUGGAUAUUAUGUAUGCAGCAGUGGACUCGAGAGCGGUGGAGGAGCAGCCUAUCAAGGAGGUCAACCUGUACAUGUACCUGUACUUUGUCAUCUUCAUCAUCUUCGGCUCCUUCUUCACCCUCAACCUGUUCAUUGGUGUCAUCAUUGACAACUUUAACCAGCAGAAGAGAAAGUUAGGAGGACAGGAUAUCUUCAUGACAGAGGAGCAGAAGAAGUACUACAACGCCAUGAAGAAGCUGGGCUCCAAGAAACCUCAGAAGCCCAUCCCAAGACCUCUGAACCAGCUGCAGGGCUUCUUCUUUGACCUGGUGGGGAAACAAGCGUUCGACAUCCUCAUCAUGGUGCUGAUCCUCUUCAACAUGAUCACCAUGAUGGUGGAGACGGACGAGCAGCCGCCUCAGAUGGAGAAGAUCCUGUACAACAUCAACCUGGCCUUCAUCGUCAUCUUCACCGCCGAGUGCCUCGUCAAGAUCGUGGGCUUGCGCUGCUACUUUUUCACCGUCGGCUGGAACAUCUUCGACUUUGUGGUCGUCAUCCUCUCCAUCGUCGGGAUCGUCCUGGCUGAUAUCAUUGAAAAGUACUUUGUGUCGCCCACCCUGUUCCGAGUGAUCCGACUGGCCCGUAUCGGACGCAUUCUGCGCCUCAUCAGAGGUGCAAAGGGCAUCCGGACGUUACUGUUUGCCCUGAUGAUGUCCCUCCCUGCGCUCUUCAACAUCGGACUCCUCCUCUUCCUCGUCAUGUUUAUCUACGCCAUCUUCGGCAUGGCUAACUUUGCCUAUGUGAAGCGACAGGGGGGGAUUGACGACAUGUUUAACUUUGAGACGUUUGGGAAUAGUAUGAUCUGUUUGUUCCAGAUCACCACAUCCGCAGGGUGGGACAGUCUGCUCAGUCCCAUCCUUAACAACUCCCCGGAGGAGUGCGAUGCCAACAUCCCCCACACUGGCACCACAGUGAGGGGGAACUGUGGAAACCCAUCAGUGGGCAUCACCUUCUUCGUCACUUACAUCAUCAUCUCUUUUCUCAUUGUGGUAAACAUGUACAUCGCCAUCAUUCUGGAGAACUUUAGUGUGGCUACAGAGGAGAGCACUGAACCUCUUAGUGAGGAUGAUUUUGAGAUGUUCUACGAAGUUUGGGAGAAAUUUGACCCAGAGGCCACACAGUUCAUUGAGUACGCCAAGUUGUCGGACUUUGCCGAUGCACUGUCGGAGCCGCUGCGAAUCGCCAAGCCUAACAAAAUCAAGCUAAUCUCCAUGGACUUGCCCAUGGUCAGUGGAGACAAAAUCCACUGCCUGGACAUCCUCUUUGCCUUCACCAAGCGUGUCCUUGGCGAGUCAGGUGAGAUGGACGCCCUCAAGCAGCAGAUGGAGGAGAAGUUUAUGAUGGCCAACCCAUCCAAGAUUUCUUACGAGCCAAUCACAACAACUCUGAGGCGCAAACAAGAAGAAGUCUCUGCCACCGUCAUCCAGAGGUGCUAUCGUAGACACCUGGUGAGGCGACAGAUGAAAGCCGCCUCUUAUUUGUACCGGGGCGAUGGAAUAUUUGGGGAGGACGCACCGGAGAAAGAAGGGCUGAUUGCUGUCAUGAUGAAGGAAAACUAUGGUUCCAGUUUGCUAGGGAUAGAGCGCUCAGAGACAAUUUCCUCCACCUCAUCUCCUCCAUCGUACGACAGCGUGACGCGAGCCACAUCGGAACUUUUUCAUCCACUUGCUGCCAAGACAGAAACAGUUUGUGACACUGCAGGCAGCGAAGCGAGCGAACAGUUGCCGUCAGCAGGUGACCCAGACAGACAGAAGGAAACGGUACCAUAAAACUCAAAAACCAACAUAAAAGAGAAACAAAAUCAAGCCUCAUCUUGGGUAAAGCAUCUUUGUUCUGUUGUUUAUUGAAUGUAUUAUAGCUGAGGCAGCAGCAGAAAGGAGCUUUGAGCAAGGAACUACGAGAGGAGUCAAGUGAAGGAGCAAAAAAGUAGAAUAUUUACUACCUUUAAUCUUAUUUCCUGUUUCCUGUGGAGAAGUCUGGACUCAACAGACCCACAUUUUUGGGAAUUUCUUGAAGAGAAGGAGAAAAACUGAAAGAACCCCAUCUGUCAAGUCAGCUCCAACUUCAUUGGAGCAAAAGCCCGAAGAAUAGCACAGAACCACUGCUUGGUUCUGUUGCAUUGAGCAGAGUUCAGACGAAUCUCUGACCUCAGAUGGUCGGAGUGACUAUAUCACAAUGUAUCCAUCAUUUACUGGCCUGCGGAGGGGGAGGGGGGUUGUGCCUUCCCAAAGCUGAUCAAUGUUCUCAGAGUACGCUUGGCUGUUUAGAGCAACGUAAUGGUGGUGGUGGUGUUUCCUGACACCUCAAUGGUCAACUGAGACUUGAGAGGGAGCAAAGCAAUUUAAAUAAAAUCAUUUUCGUAGUCAAAGUAUAACGUUGUUGAUGUUGAUACCAGUCUUUUACUAGCGGUACAAUUAUUACUAUUUUUUAUAUUUUUAGAGUAAGUUAAAAGACAAAGAAGUCCCUCUUUUGACUUUGGAGUGGCGCUAGCUAUAAAGAAAUGGCUGAACUACCAUGUUGUAAUAGAUGAGUGGAGAUGGAGAGGAGACAAAGACAUCUCAAAUACCAGAAAAGCAACUUCAUCUGUUUUUAUGGGCAGUUUUGCACUUUUGAGUUUACAUUUGUUGUCACUUUACUGCUCCUUGGCUGACACGCUGAAGAAGAGCUUAGGAUGUGUUUAUUUUUCUCCUGCGAUUACACCAAAUACUAAUACAAGUGCACAAUGAGAUUUUCUACACGGUCCUGAACUCUUCUAACAUGUUUUGCCGUGUUAGUGAACGUUUUCAUGUUCGUCCGCUUUUUGGUCGGUGGGUGAUUUGUCUAAAAGUUCACAUCCAUACUAGAUUCCUCCUGUUGCAUUAUUCCAUUGCAUGAAGAGAAAUGUGUUUGCUCGGAGUCGAGGCUAUAAGAUUGUUUAUCCGCAGUGCAUGAUCUCGCAAUAUCAUUGUUAAAUACCUAAUAAAGUUUUAAACAUUUAAUCAAAAGGCUAACAACUUUCAUAUCAUUGCAGGCAUGACCAUCUUCAGGUGAAUUUUCCUUUUUAGAAAUAAAUCCAAAUAAUACUUCGUCAUGUAUAUGUUUAAUUGUGCAACAAAUAAUACAUACCUAACCCUAAUAAUCUAUGCUCCGUCUUUGCAAGCCAUACAUGACCAACCUUUUUGACAAAUCACCGACUGUCUUUACCUGUCUGGUCUGAGUUCGGUUCAGCACUCGUGAGAACUUUAACCAAAUUCUUAAAGAUGAAGGUACUCGAGGUCCUCGAGGUGUCGUCCAGCUCGGACCGGGAUGAGACAAUCAGCUCAGCGCAUCAGCAUCAGGGUUUUCAGUCCGUUCAGUUUUAUGAUACGUUAAAUGCUGAUUCUCAUGAUUUUGAGCUGGACAGCAGUGUCCUGGAAAAACCUCGUUUUAAAGCACCAACUAAACCACGAACACAAGCUGUGUUUAUCAGUGCUGUGGCAACCUGAGGGGAGAAAUUGUGGGGGGUCAAUGUUAGUCCAUCUUCGGCGCACUACUCAAAAAAAAAAAAAAAUAAAAAAUAUAUCAAAGUUUGCUGCAAAGUGUACCUUUUGCAUGCUUUCCUAAGAAGUUUACUAAAAAAAAACUAGAAAGAUUACAUUUUUUACUUCAUGUUUGAAACUGAGAUACAGUAUUUUGACUAUUUCUUUAUGUGAUGUAAUAGAGCCUUUUAACCUCCGUAAGUAAUAAGACUGUCUAGUUUUUGUUCUGUCAUCAACUUAAACUUACUGAUGGACUUUUACCUCAGCUGAACCGGUUCCAGCAACAACUCCUACGUUACGGGGCUGGAGCUGAAAAACCAGACAAAUGAGGCUUCCUGGUCGCACUCUGACACGUGGAAACUCAUUCUUGGAAAGAUUUAAAGUCGAAUCUUCUUGGAAAUGUGCCGAGCACCUGGCUCAAGCUGAUGUAAAACAUAGGCUAUGUGUGGAUCUCAGCUUCAGGGUCACUGGUACAAUAUAUAAUUUAACUUUAGGUCAGUUUUUAUUCACGCGUGUAUUCAUUUGUGUGUUUCCCAGCGACCACAGAUUGACUGUAGUGGCUAAACGUUCAGCCAAUCAGCAUUCACUCGAAUGCUGAUUGGCUGAACGUUUCUUUGAGCAGAAUAGGUCAGACUUGGUCCAACAACAACUGACUUUGUGACAAAUAAGAUAAUGAGUCAGAAAUGUCGCCCUUGUGAGCACAAAAGCAUUGCCUGUUACAACAAUAUAAACAUUUAAAAUUCUCUGUUUUACAAUCUUUAUUUUCUACACUAAAGCUAAUGAGCUCUUUCCCUUGUCAGAUCCAAAAAGUAAAAAGGACAAAGAAAACAAAAAGGCACCUUCAUUUCAAGGUCAGCCUUUAUUUUCCAUUUUUAAAUGCUGCCCGUCUAUGCAAAAAGAUAAAACAGGUACAUUUGCAGAGCUGUUGAGAGACAAAGGUGUACUGCAGGCCUUUACAGAACUCCAGAAAUAUCUUCAAUAGAUCAUUUUUCCUCAGUUGGUUUGAGUUUUUUUUAUUUUUCCCCUGAAAAAAGCUGUCCAGAUAUGAAAGCUGAAAUCCCUGCAAACAUUAAGGCAAUAAUGUGAACUGUGAUGAAGUAAAUCUGAGUAUACCCAAUGACAUGGUGUUUCACCUAAAUAAUUCAUCCAGAACCUUCCAAGGCUACAGCAGUGGCUAAACUGGCUAAACUAAAGCCAGCCAAACGUAAAGAAACUGGUAUUUAGAAAUCACUGCUGUCUUCAUACAAUGCAUGUGCAUUAGAACAUGCUUAAAUAAUGUCAUUCCCUAAAACACCAGGCGGAGUUUGUAAAAGUUUUCUGUUGCAUGUGCAUGUAGACAAAAGGUGCCAACUUGGAAUAAAAAUAUCUUUGUUAGUGAGGACAGGGCCUUAAAUCACCAUCAUUUCCGAGCACCGUCUGAUACAGCUGUAGUUUUAACAAAGCAGAAUAAGAAAAUUACUUUUGGUGAUUAACUUUUGAACCUAAAAGAAAUGGAGAAUAUUAGGUUUAUAUGAUUUAAAAGCUUUGUUGGAUAAAACACUCAGGAAAACAAAGCUGCUUUGAAAUCUGGUUUUCAGUGAUGGAAACGGGGAUCCAGCGGCUCUUCAUCAAACUUCCUGAAUAUUUUCUUUGUGGCUGAUAUGAGAAUUUAAACACAGCUUUACAGAAACUUCUUCAGCUGAAUGACCAUGUUGAAAAUCCAGGUUUCUGCUGUCAGUGUAAGCAUCAUAUCCAGAAUAAUUUCCAUAUGAACACACUCAAUGGCUAAACUAACAGCACAACAGGAUGCAGCAUCAGUCUGCGUUUAAACAAAAUCCAGCGGCAGGUUUUUCCAGGACACUAAAGAAAAAAAGCUUUUCUGAAUCAUUUUUCUGCUUAAUUGAUAUGAAGCGUUUCAUUUCAAGCACAACAAAAUACUUCAGUUUCCUUUUUCUAGUUUGUUUUACAUAAAAUCCAACUCAUGGGUUGAAAUGAUGCAAAUGAUCAAAAUAAUAUUUUCAAGGAAAAAAAACACUUUUAUAGAUUUACAAUUUUAAUUUAUUCAAAUCUAAUUUUGAAUGGAAACUCUUCAAAUCCAAACACUGCUUUAUGUAUGUAUUUAUUUAUUAUUUAUUUAUUUAUUUCUUCCUUUUUUUGGCACAUUUUGGUUGUAUAAGCAAAGGCCGAGUGAGGCUGCUCUAUAUCUAUUUGCACAGAGAAAUAAACUAAAAAAAAACAAGAAAAACAAGCCGCGUCUAGCAAUAAUGGUUUGCUGAUACCUUUUAAAUGAAUUCAUAGGUGGCGCUCGACUGGAGAGGCUUUUUCUGGCUGUAUGAACCUGUGGAUUCACACGCAGGCAGGUGGUUCACGAAGCAGCUGUGAAGCAGCUGGUUUUUGUGGAGAUGACAAAGUGUAGAGUUUCUUCAGCCUGCUUCUGGAUCAACCUCUCUCUCCGUCUCUGUUCCUACGGUCACCUGAGGGAUCUUUAUAAAACAACGCUUUACUAGAAUUGUUUUAAAAAUGAAAAAGUUAAAAAAAGAAAAAAAAAUGUUUUACUGGCACCGUCUGGACUCUAUUUCUACUAGGUUCUAUUGAGAAUAGAUCACCAUGUAAACUAGGUAAUUACUUAUGACACUGCUGAACUCUGCUGCGAGGCGUAUUUCAGGUUGCAGUUGUGCUGAAGGGCUGUUUUCAGUAGCAAUAGACCCAGAGUGUGCCUGCUACACAUGAACCCAACACUCCAAGCUUUCCCAUCGUUCCAUUGAUAAUGUGCUCGAUUGAUUGAUUUAUUGAUGGAUGAACUGGGUGACUGCUUGAUUUCUUGAUUGAUUGUUUAAUAUUUGGCGGGAUGAUGAGCUGAUUCUUAUGGUUUUUUUAAUAAUUAACAGCUUCACAGAACCCCUUUGGCCCCUGUCUGUUCCUCUUCCUCCAUCACUGGUGUGAUUCCUCCUCAUUAGUCAUCAACAGCACACACAGCUGAUGAGAUGGUAACACUCCUAAACUGUCAGAAAGGUUCAGAUUCACUGGUCUGCUGAAGGAAAUAGUUUUCAUGGUUUUGUCACAUCAGAAAACAUGGAAGUCAAAAUGUCUGACUCGGGAUGAUUCAGCACUGAGUCAAAAGUUUUAAUCACAAAUUUUUGAGAUCUAAACUCAGAGGGUGGUUUUACUUCCUCCUUAUUAUUCAUCACAGCAGUGCGAAAAAAGGCUUCACCAAAGAUCACGUAUUCAAAAAGUAGAGAUAGAAAAUAAGGGACUGAGUUUUUAAACCAAGGUGAUGCUUGACUAUGAAAGCCGAGCAUCCGUUCAGGUCCAAAUGUUCCACACAUUACCAAUAAGGAAGAUAUCUUCAUUCAUUUCACAUCUGCUUAAAAUCUCCUAGUGUGAACCUGACUGAAUGUAGCAUCACUCAGUUAUCAGUCUGCCAUUUAAAAUCAUCGCUGGAGAUGAUCCCAGCUUGAAAAUGUAAUUAAUCUGCAGAGUUAUACAAUAUCUGAAACACAGACCAGAUCAAAUUAGGUAUCUGACUUCAGCAACUUUGGUUUUGCUUUGGUUAAACACACUGCUAAAGUUAUUAUUUGAGGCACCACAGUCAGCUGAUGGGGCUACAAAGAGGAAACAUUUCUCCUAGACGAACAAAUAACCAACUAUUUUACGAGUGCUACUUCAGUGAAUCUGGACCUCACACUUUGGUUUACUUUGAGCACAAAAACCCGUUCAAACACUGUCAGUAUGAAGAAAGUGAAAAUAAAAAUGAAAGCAGCUUCAGCUUGCACUUCAUGAGCAUGUAUCAAUGCUAUGCUAAAAUGCUAAAGCAUGUAACUUCCAAAAAGCUAGAAAAUGAGCAAAAAGAGGACAGAAAAUGGUCAAAUUAAGGAACAGCGAGAUCUUUUUUGGGGGUGGGGGGCUUCUUCAUGCUGUGGGUGAGACCAUGUGGUGCUAAUGAGGGGUUUGGAAGAGUCCAUGUUAAAAUCGAAGAGGACUCUGAGACCAAGAAUCUGCUCCUUCCUGCCUUCUUCUGUUUCUCAACCAAAAGCUGCUUCAUCACAUUUAAAACAAAUUCACAUCCACAAAUCUACACGGAAGAAAUGCACUGAAAACCUGUGGUUUGAUUGUUCAUUAUUAUUACUAUUGUUACUAUUUAAUGUGAUAAAUGCAAUACAACAGUUGUGUAAACAGGCAGCGAGUGAUGCUGUAUCUUAUUUACAGUAUGAGGACAAUAAUAAUAAUAACGAUGAUGUUAUGAAUAUUGUCGUCGUCAUGGAUUCGGUUUCUCCAGGCAUCCUCUCACUGCUUAAACCACCGCCGCCCCAUUUACACCACAGCUGGUUUCACAGCGGUUGUCAAACUGGAUUCUUCAGGCUUUCAGCGUCAUAUCAGUCUUGCAGAAACCUCAUAUCCAGAGAGAGUUGCCUUUUCAGGAACACAGGUGCAAAACAGGAUCUUUCCCUUCCAGACACCUCAUGAUUCGUCAUCAAUUCAGGAUUAACAGGAAAACUUUCUCUCAUUUUUGCUUGUUUGGAGAGGAAAAAUGAGGAUGCUAAAAUUCAGUAAAUUAUGAAUGAUUAACUUGGAGAUAAGAGGUUUCUUGACACAAGUUGUUUAGUUGUGAUUUUGCUGGAAAAAGUUGAAGAAAUUCACAUCACAGUUGGAGAAUGAAAACUUUGUAACUCUAGAGAGGAAAUGGGAAUUUGUGAUGCAAAAAAUUUCUGAGUUUGUAAAGAAUGAACAUAAUCCUGCAAAGUCUGAAUACAAAAGAUCUUCAUCAUAGAGUUGUGUAAUUUCCUGAAGUGACUGAAAUGAAUGAAACACGUUACAAGGUUUUCCUGUGAGCACAGCCUGUGAAACCUUGGUGUAAAGGAGGCGAAAGCAGUGCUCAGUGACCCCACCUGGUGUUUUAGAGACAAUAAUAAUUACA